ACGAAUCUGCAACACAACAACAACAAGUACUACAUGGGUCAGCUGCUAGAGGACGAUGCUGCGCCCGUGUACUCCGUCUGGUUCCGUUGGGGCCGAGUGGGCAAGACACGUCAGCAUAACCUCAUUCCCUGCGGCUCCAACCUCGAAUCGGCACUUGCCAUUUUCACCAAAAAGUUUAAGGACAAGACCGGUAAUCUGUGGGCUGAGAAGAAGGACUUUGUUAAGCAGCCCGGUCUCUACGACCUGAUUGAGCAGGACUUUGGGGAUCUUACUGACUCGGCGGCGAUCCAGCAGGAGGAGGACAGUAACAAGGAGAAUGUGGAACCGCUGCCAUCGAAGCUUCAGCCUGAGGUCAUGGUAAGCCUUCCUUGCCCCCACCUCACUUCACCCUUCCCUCCCCCUUUGGUCAUUUCUGGGAAUCUGGACUACAUUGCGUCAUCUUUCUGUGGUUCGUCCUGA